GCUUCCGGCCGCCGCGCAUCCCCGGCCGACGAGCGACCAUGGUCCGUCCCUGGGCUGCCGGGCGAGGCCCCGUCCUCGGGCUCCUUUGGCUGGCGCUGGCGACGGGCCCUGCCGUGGGCUGGAACGACCCGGACAGAAUAUUACUGCGGGAUAUUAAAGCUCUUACUCUCCACGAUGAUCGCUAUACCACCUCCCGUCGGCUGGAUCCUAUCCCACAGCUGAAAUGUGUGGGGGGCACUGCUGGAUGUGAUUCUUACACCCCAAAAGUUGUACAGUGUCAGAACAAAGGCUGGGAUGGUUAUGAUGUACAGUGGGAAUGUAAGACUGAUCUCGACAUUGCUUACAAAUUUGGAAAAACCGUGGUGAGCUGUGAGGGCUACGAGUCCGCUGAAGACCAGUAUGUCCUGAGAGGUUCCUGUGGCCUGGAGUACCAGUUGGAUUACACAGAACAUGGCAUGAAGAAAAUGAGAGAGUCUGGGAAAGGCUACGGCUUUAGCUCUUUCUCCAAUUAUUAUAAUAAGUUGUCCUCCCCAGGUUCCAGUGGGGUCAGUGGGCUGAUUACUGUGGUGGUGUUGCUUGCUAUUGCCUAUGGCGUUUAUAGGUUGUUCCUAAGCGACAGUCAAGACCCUCCUCCGCCGUACUCUGAGCAUCCUCCGUAUUCCCACCGUUUCCAGAGAUUCACCAGCUCAGCCGGCCCUGCUCCUGCAGGCUUUAAGUCCGAGUUCACAGGGCCGCAGGCUCCACCUUACGGUUUUGGCAGUGCUUUCACGGGCCAGCAGGGAUACAGCAAUUCAGGACCAGGAUUCUGGACUGGCUUGGGAACUGGAGGAUUAUUAGGAUAUUUGUUUGGAAGCAAUAGAGCCGCAACGCCCUUUUCAGACUCCUGGUACUACCCGUCCAAUCCUCCCCUGGGCUCAUGGAAUAGCCGGGCGUACUCGCCACCUGGAGCAGGCUCAGGUGGCUCAUAUUCACACUCAGAGACCAGAACCAGAACAGCAUCGGGGUAUGGUGGUACCAGAAGACGAUAAAGAUCAAAGAUGGAAGUCAAAUACUGGAUGCAGACUUUCUGAUUUUUCAUCACUGUCUCUUAAAAAUAAAGUGCCACGUGCUUAUGACUGGGGAAAAGGGAUAUUCAAAAGUGCUUUGGUGUUUUGUCCUGUGUAGUUUUCUGUGUUCUGAAGCUAAGAGCUAAUAUAUGACAAAAUACUUAUGUAAUGAAUUGUAUAUUAAUGUAAAGAUGCAGCUGUACAUUACAGAUUUUGAAAGUGAUGGAAUGGAAUGCUGGAAAUGUGUUACUUAAUUUUUCAAAGCUGUGAUGCCCUAAAAAACAUUAAGAGUAAAGUCAUUAUACCAGUAGACCCAAGUAUAGAAAUUUCAGUGGUAGGUGGCUUUAGUGGAUGAGUCAUGAUAUCACAGAAGCAAUUAUCUCUCUGGUCUCUACAAUUUGGUGUUUGUUCUUGUUGUCAAACCUUUAAACUAAGCUUAGACUGUGAAUCUUACUGAAGUGUGGGUCUGGGUUGCUUCUGAGCACAGGGCUUGGGGUCCUUCAGUGACUGGGAUCCCGGGAAGAAUUACUUUAUGCUAGGAAAAGGCAGGAAACAUAAAUCUAGAUAGAAUGUAGUUGUAGAUGGUUGUGUACUGACAAAAAUGCUUGAAUGACCUUAUUUCAUUUCGUUAGAUGUUUCAACAAAGGUCUUUUAUUCACAAAAGCAUGCAGUUCUCUGUGGACUUUAUUGUGCAGUGUCUUCCAACCUUCAAUUAAAGUGAGAAGAAAGAUAAAAAGAGGUUAUGUUUUCAUUCUUUCUGCCUUCUUUUAGCAAAAGUUGUUGUUACUGUUUUUUCACCCUCUCCCCCACAAAAAGUGAUUAAUCAUGGGGCAAUUUUUUUCUCGAAAUAAUACUUCCUCUUGAUAGCCUUGUCUUGCUACCAGUUGGCAAGUAAAUGGUUUUUUUAAAAAUAUAUAUAGUAUGGAAACAAGUCUCUGCUAAAAAAAUUGACUUCAAAGAAAAUAACUAAAUUUCCAGGCCUCUCAUCCUCGAGGUUUGCACAUUCUCCUCAGUGAAGUUUUGUCAUCCCAAGAGUCACAUUUUUUCGUUUUAGAAACCAUUUAAAAAUAAAUCCUUUCAACUGUACUCAUUUGUGGAGUAUAAAACAACAUAAUAUGAGGCUGACACCUAAGGAUAGUAGAUACACGGGACAGAUAGAUUGCUCCAUAGCUGGAAGCCUGCCUCAUGAACAAAGGGAAGAAGGCAGCUGGAAUAGAGAAGGGAUCGCUAAGAAAAAGAUAGAGGAAUUGGUCAGGAUGGGAGAUAUGUGCAGAAAGUAGAUAAAGGAUCAAACAUGAUAACCUCUCAAGGUCUGUAUUGCAAACCAUAAUGCCCCAAAGUAGAGAAAGAUUAUGGGGAAUCAU